CAACUGCGGGAUUUUAUAUGGCUUAUCUCCUUCAAAGAUAGUUUAAGGUUUAAAUUCCUUGGAUACAUCUUUACGGACAACAUUUCAUCACAAGCACGGCCUGCGACGGGAUUGAACAAAAUUGUUUACCUAACAACAACGAUGAGGAAUCUUUUGCAGUUAAGAAAUUGGCGACUCAAGGUACUUUUGGCUCUUGUGGGACUCCUGACUGUGUUGUACCUACUGACUUACAGCUCAGCAAACAUCUGGUCACAACACAGUUCAGCACAAAACCGUUCAACAGCUUACUACUUACUUCCGUGGCAGUCAAAUUCUACACUAAAACAUUCUAGCACUAACUCCACGGUUAAGUACAAUGGGACAGCUACUCAAAGACCGUGUUCCCAAGCAGCACAUCCUUCAACAACAUAUUACCUACGUCACUUCCGAUCUAUAUUUAUAGUUGACCCUGCCACCCAUCAACUGACGAUUGAUCAUCAAGGGAACCCCUCUAAGAUAUCCUCUGAAGUAAGGACUGACAGUAGAUCCUCUGCUGUUAAGAAUAAGUUGAUUGUAAUGUACAACAUGCCUGAGUGGAUUGAGAGAGGGUCGGAUGCUGAGUUGUUUGGCCACUGUCCAGUCAGCACAUGCAACUUGUCCACAAACUAUGAUGCGGAUAGAGCAGCUGCCGACGCUGUGGUGUUUCACGACGCUCCAUCACACAAGCCAGUGCCACCUCGAGCUUUCCCUGACCAGGUGUAUGUGUUCCACAUGAUAGAACCGCCACCGAUUGCUGGGUCCGGUUAUCAAAACACGUCAUGGAACUCGGCUUUCAACUGGACAUGGACCUACACUCAGGACGCCGAUAUCUGGGUGCCCUAUUUCUUUCUGGAACGUUCCAAGCAGUUGCCAUGUCUUAACGUCAUCCGCGAAGUUGUACAAAGGAAGGACACGCCUGUAGCUUGGUUUGUUACUAACUGCCAGUUGGACCAAACUCAACGACUAGCCUACGUCAACAGACUACAGAAAAUUCUGACAGUGCAUGUGUAUGGUCGAUGUGGGACCAUGCAAUGCCCUCGAAUGGCCAAAGAAUGUGACGACAUGCUCACCACCAAGUACUUCUUCUAUCUUUCCUUCGAGAACUCUUAUUGCCAGGAUUACGUGACUGAGAAGUUUUCUCGAGCAUUUUUCCAGGGUGUCCAUGUGGUUCCUAUUGUGAGGGGUGGGCUAGAAUACUCUCAACAUAUUCCAGAAGGAACAUUCAUCAACGCCGACGAUUAUAGAAGCCCCGAGGACCUCGGCAAGUACCUGAAAGAGCUCAUGAACGAUGAAGGGACCUACAUUGAUAUGCUGUGGCGGAUCGCUCACUUUACUACCGCCACCUACCAUGACAGUUACACCUACUCGUGGUGCCAGCUGUGUGACAAGCUACACAGGCUGCAGGACAAUGCCAAGACCUAUCCAGACCUCUUUGAGUGGUACCACGAGGGGAGAUGUUGGCCACCCAAGAAGUUAUAGCCUCUCUGUGGCGAUAACAACUUUGUAGGUACAGACACACGUGUUGUGUGCGGUACUUUGUAUUCACACACCAUGUGACAUGCAAACCUAUCAGACGGAUAAUCUGUAAUUUUAGCAGCUUCUCGCAGGACUGAAGCGGUUUAACUUUUCUUACCUUGAACAAAUAAUCCUUGACUUACGUGUUUAGUUAUAAUUUCCUAAGUUUUUUAAAAAUAUUUUUCUGAAACUCGACACAACAAUAAGAUUGUGGUUUGUCGGUGAUAUUAAUUCUCAUUCUAUUUUUUCGAGGACCUUGAAUAUGCUUCAAGAUAUUACCUUGUUUCACACCGACCUAAAUUUUUCUUCUUUUGUUUUUCUACCAGAUAGACAAUCUAUACGAAAAUAGAGAAGUUGUGAACAAUUCUUUCCUACGUGUAUAAAGUACUGCAUCGGCUUCCAGUCGAUCAUCGUAUUUGGAUCGAGAUCUAAUAUUGCUUUUAUUUAUGUGUUUGAUAGCUCAAAUAAUGGUUCACGACAGAAAUAAAAAGAGUUUCAUGAUGCAUCCAA